AUUUUGUACUGCAAAAACAUAUUUUUGGGUUUCUGUACUACUCAUGCAGUACAUCAAUUCCCUUCUCCUCUACAUAUUCUUCAAAUUCCAACAACCUCCACAUUCCAUGGGUAAAAUAUUUAUCUUCAAUUUGAAUUCCUCUGUAAAUCUUGUCCAAAUUCACCGUUUCUCGUGGUGGAUGAGAUCGCAAUAACUCACCAACUGACAAAAUCCAUUUCGGCACUUUUUUCAAGAAUCACCCAGAAAGGGAUUUUUAGGUACCCUUUUACGUCGAUUAAAACCCAUCAUGUUUUGUUUUGUGUGUUUUUGGAUUUUGUUGUGAUUGAAUUGAAAAAAUUUACAGGGAGAAAUGAGUAGAGUUGGGGUAGAAUUAAUGGAGAUUGAAAGAGAAGUAACGGAAGAAAUGAGAGAUGGUGAUGAUGAAGUGAAGAGAAUUCCUCCGUGGACUAAACAGAUUACAGUACGAGGAAUUGUUGCGAGUGUUUUGAUUGGAGUUAUUUAUAGUGUGAUUGUAACGAAGCUUAAUCUCACUACUGGACUUGUACCAAAUCUCAAUGUUUCAGCUGCUCUGCUUGCUUAUGUGAUUCUACAGUCAUGGACUAAGGUUCUAAAAAAGGCGAAUUUUACAUGUACUCCGUUUACUAAACAGGAGAAUACUAUUAUUCAGACUUGUGCUGUUGCAUGUUACAGUAUUGCUGUAGGAGGUGGCUUUGGAUCAUAUCUUUUGGGACUGAAUAAGAAAACAUAUCAGCAAGCUGGGGUCGAUACAAGUGGCAAUACACCAGGGAGCUAUAAGGAACCUAAACUUGAUUGGAUGAUUGGUUUUCUCUUUGUUGUUAGUUUUGUUGGGCUAUUAGCUCUGGUUCCUCUUAGAAAGAUCAUGAUAAUUGACUACAAAUUACCUUAUCCAAGUGGAACUGCGACUGCUGUUCUAAUCAAUGGAUUUCAUACACCCAAGGGAGAUAAAUUGGCCAAGAAACAGGUUAAAGGGUUCAUGAAAGUUUUCACAUUCAGCUUCUUCUGGAGUUUCUUCCAGUGGUUCUAUUCUGGUGGAGAUCACUGUGGAUUUGCCAACUUCCCCACGUUCGGGUUGAAAGCUUGGAAGCAAUCGUUUUUCUUUGAUUUCGACAUGACUUAUGUGGGAGCUGGAAUGAUUUGUUCUCACCUUGUGAACUUCUCUUUGCUUCUUGGAGCUGUGCUCUCUUGGGGUAUCAUGUGGCCUCUAAUUACUGAUCGCGACGGAUAUUGGUUCCCUUCAAGUUUACCACAGAGCAGUAUGAAGAGUCUAAUGGGUUACAAGGUUUUUAUCUCCAUUGCUCUUCUCCUGGGAGAUGGCCUUUACAAUUUUGUCAGGACACUUUAUUUCACUUUUAGAAACAUAUAUGCCACGCUGAAAACAAAAAGGCCUGAAUCAUCACCCUCAGAAGCCAAGAAUCUUCCACUUGAAGAGCUGCAGAGAAACGAAAUAUUCAUCAGAGAGAGCAUUCCCUUCUGGCUAGCUUGUAUUGGCUACUUGAUCUUUUCCCUUAUCUCCAUCAUUGUCAUUCCAAUUAUGUUCCCUGCGUUGAAGUGGUAUUAUGUGCUCGUUGCCUAUGUUUUUGCACCAGCUUUGAGCUUCUGCAAUGCUUAUGGUGCUGGUCUAACAGAUUUGAAUAUGGCAUACAAUUACGGUAAAGUAGCUCUGUUUGUGCUUGCUGCAUUAUCCGGGAAAGAGAACGGUGUUGUCGCUGGGCUUAUUGGAUGUGGACUGAUUAAAUCCAUGGUUUCUAUAUCCUCUGACCUGAUGCACGAUUUCAAGACGAGUCAUCUGACCCUUACAUCCCCGCGUUCCAUGUUACUCAGCCAAGCUAUUGGGACUGCCAUUGGCUGUGUCGUAGCACCUCUUACAUUUUUCCUAUUCUACAAAUCUUUUGAUGUAGGGGGUCCCAAUGGUGAGUACAAAGCUCCUUAUGCACUCAUCUAUAGAAACAUGGCAAUCUUAGGUGUUGAAGGAUUCUCAGCUCUGCCUCGCCAUUGCUUGCAGCUGUGUUAUGGUUUUUUCGCGUUUGCUGUACUUGCCAACUUGGUGAGAGACAUGGCCCCUGAGAGAGUCGGGAAAUUGGUUCCUCUCCCAAUGGCUAUAGCUGUGCCUUUCCUUGUUGGGGCUUCCUUUGCAAUUGAUAUGGCUGCGGGGAGUUUGAUCGUAUACGUAUGGCAUAAACUCAACAGCAAGAAGGCAGAUUUGAUGGUUCCUGCAGUGGCUUCAGGAUUUAUUUGUGGUGAUGGAUUAUGGAUUCUUCCAUCAGCACUACUUGCUUUACUCAAAGUUAGGCCUCCAAUUUGUAUGGCUUUUACAGUCGGACAGACAUAGUGAAAUUUCCUGAUUCUUGAAACUAAGGAGCAAAAAAAUAACUAUCUUAGAAGUACAGAAACUGGAUAUAGCUUAGAAACGUAUUUUAAGGAUUUACCAAAUCAUAGGUACAAUAUCGAAGAAUAGCUUACAAAAGGCAACAUUAGGAAAAUACAUAACAUAUAAGUUGUCGUUCUUUUAUCUCAUAAAGGAAACUUCGGAUAGUCAUAGGCCGGUUCGAUUUAUUGGUCGGUUUUACACACCCGUAAUCUACCGUCCAAUAAAUUAUUUCUUCGGCAUGAUCAAAAUGGUAUGUAUUAUGACAACUUAUUUUCACCUUUUCAA